GGGCAGCACGAACAGGAACGGGCUGAUGGCCGACCCGAGCGUGAGGUCGAGCAGCGCCGUGCGCAGCGGGCCCAGGAUGGCCAGCGCGGCGCGGAUCAGCCCGACAACAUUCGUCGCAAACAUCUUCUCCACGUCCUCAUCCCUAAUACUUCCAGCGUUCUCAGCUCCCAACGCCUUCCCAGCUUUGUUCACUAG